AUGGCGUCCGGAGCAGACGGACUUUUAAAGUGUGAAAAAUGUGAGAAAUCGUUUCAAACGUCUCGAGCGUUGAAGAUUCACACGCGGCACCACGACCGCUCCAAACACCAGUGCCCCGUCUGCAGACUCGAGUUCACCUACGCCAGAGAACUGCAGCUGCACCACAGGGUCUGCAGUAAAAGAACAUGGCGGCCCGGCGCGGCGGGCAGUGCCGCGUCGCGUCUGUGGAAGUGCGGCGAGUGCGGGAGGACGUCUCUGUCGAAGGAGCAGCUCCGCGCGCACAGGCUGAUGCACGACGCCGAGCGAACCUACGACUGCCGCGUCUGUGGGCGGAGCUUCGCCAAGUUCCACAACGACAAGACGAGACCGGACCAAGACCGGGACCAGGACCAGCACCGACAAGACCGAGACCGGGACCAAGACCAGGACCAGGACCGGCACCAAGAAGACCGGGACCAGGACAGACAAAACCAGGACCGCAACGAAGAGCGGGGAGCGACAUUCACCCUCCGAAAACUCCAGACAAUAAAAGAGAAAAACAUCAGGAAGCACAGAGUCCAGGUCGCCCACCGACCCCAGCGCAGACGCCUCCUCCACCUCCAGGAAACGCCGACGGGGGCCGAGGGCUUCGGGUGCGACCAGUGUGAGGUGAGAUGCUUCACGGCGAACGCCCUGCGGAGACACCUGCUGCUGCACUCGCCCGCGCGGCCGCACCAGUGCCCCCAGUGCAGCUGGAGGUUCACCAACCGCAAGAACCUGAAGCACCACCUGACCACGCACCAGGACGAGAAGCCGCACGCCUGCCACGUCUGCGGCAAGAGCUUCGCCCUCGAGACGCGACUCAAAGAUCACCAGCUCCACCACCUGAAGGUCAGACCCCACCCCUGCUCCAAGUGCGGGAAGAGCUUCACCAGACCCUACCUCCUGAGGGUUCAUCUGCUGAAGGAGCAUCCCUGGAGCUACACGGACGAGACGGAGGACGGAGCGGAGCAGACGAGCGAGAAGAAGAGGAGAGGGUCAGAGGAGCAGAGGAGAGGGUCAGAGGAGAAGAGGAGAGGGUCAGAGGAGAAGAGGAGAAGGUCAGAGGAGCAAACGGAGCAGACGAGAGGGUUAGAGGAAAAGAAGAGAUGGUCAGAAGAUGCAGAGGAGCAGAGGAGAGGGUCAGAGGAGCAGAACAGCCCUCACUUCUGUCCAGAGGAGCAGACGAGAGGGUCUGAGGUUUUGGAGGAGGAAAGGAGAGGGUCAGAAGAUCCAGAGGAGCGUCGGGAGCGAGGUGAAGGAGCGUGGGAGCAGAAGGUGAAGGAACGUCGGUGCGAGUGGAGCGAGCGCCGACACGAGUACAAACAGGACGGGGUUUUCGAGUGCAGCCACUGCGGCAAGAAGUUCACGAAGAAGCGAGGCCUGCUGGUCCACACCUGCGCCCACAGCGAGCAGAGCGGGCGCCACAGGUGCGACAGGGGCAGGUGCGCGCGCAGCUUCGCCACCGCCGCCGAACUGCGCCGACACCGCCAGUUCCACAGCGUCUCCGGAGCCAAGAAGAGGGAGCGACGGAUCCAGUGCGGCCAGUGCGAGCGCCGCUUCCAGACGGCGUACCACCUGAAGAUGCACCAGCGCUCGCACGCCGCGCCCAACGAGCACGCCGCGGCGCGGAGAGCGAAGAGCGAGAACGCCGCGGCGCGGAGAGCGAAGAGCGAGAACGCCGCGGCACGACUACAAGAGGCGGGGAAGAGUGAGAGCGAAACGCCGCGACUACAGGGGGCGGUGAGGAGCGAGAACGCCACACCGAGCGAGCACGCCACGGCACGACUCCAGGGGGCGGCGAGGAGCGAACACGAAACACCGCGAGUCCAAGGAGCGGCGAAGAGCGAGAAGACGACACAGUGCAGCUCUGAGGAACAUCAGGAGGAGAAAGACGCUGUGACCCAAAGUGAACCACGCCCCGCCCCCACAGGACGACGCCCCCUGCUGGAGCACGACGAGAACCACGACGAGAACCACGACGAGAACCACGACGAGAACCACGACGAGAACCACGACGAGAACCACGACGAGAACCACGACACAGACGAGCGCGAGGACAUCAGCGGGCGCGACGAGGACGACGGGCGCGACUCCUGCUCCACCCUGAGCGUCGUUCUGGACUCGGACUCAGACUUGGUCCCGACGCCGGAGCCGGACGUGACCCUCGGGCGGCGAACACGAGAAGAACCCGGCGCCGAAACCCACCGCGUGUCUUUAAACGAUUCUCUGCAGCUCCAGAACCGGACGCCCACGAUCGAGUGCGACGUUUGCGGGCAGAUCUUCAAACGGCGGCGUUACCUGACGCAGCACAAGCGGCUGCACCUGCCGCUCCGGCCGCACACCUGCCACGACUGCGGCAAAGGCUUCGUCAAACCCCACCUCCUGCGCGAGCACCGGAGCCGACACCACCCGGACGCCGACGCCGCCGCCGCAGGAGGAGGAGCCGGGACCAGGCGCUUCCUCUGCACGGACUGCGGCGCUCGGGUCGACCUGAGCUUCACCUCCGUCACAAAUGUGUUCUGUGUGAGCGACUUGACUCACAUCAAAUGUUUCAUUAAAAAUCACAAUUUAGUUUGACGCCAAAUAAAAAUCACUUUCUACCUCAA